UCUGGAGCCUUCUAUGGGCACAAGGCAGUUUAGUUACUUUGGAUCUACAGUCCUUGAACAUGACCCAAAAGAGAAACAGCUUAAACCAGUGCCCAAACAACACAGAAGCGCAAAAUCUAACAGUAGUCUCAGAAUUCCACCUCAUGAGUCUCUCUGAGGACCCAGAACUGCAGCCCAUCCUCUUUGGAGUGUUCCUGUCCUUGUACUUGAUCACUGUGCUUGGGAAUCUGCUCAUCAUCCUUGCUGUCAGCUUGGACUCCCACCUCCACAUCCCCAUGUACUUCUUUCUCUCCAACCUGUCCUUCACUGACAUCUGUUUCAUCUCUACCACAGUCCCCAAAAUGAUUUGGGACAUUCAAGCUCAGAGCAGAUCUAUCUCCUAUGUGGGAUGUCUGACACAGAUGUCUAUGUUUAUAAUUUUCGGAUGUAUGGAUAGUAUGAUUCUCUCUGUGAUGGCCUAUGACCGGUUUGUGGCUAUCUGUCACCCCCUGCAUUACCAAGUCAUUAUGAACCCUCACCUCUGUGCCUUCCUAGUUUUGAUAUCUGUUUUGUUUAGUCUUUUGGACUCUCAGGUGCACAAUUUUAUUGUGUUACAAUUUACUUACUUCAGUGAUAGGGAAAUCUCUAACUUUUUUUGUGACCCUUCUCAACUUCUUAAUGUGGACUGUUCUGAAAUGGUCACCAAAAGCAUAAUCACACAUUUUGUUGGUGUCCUUUUUGGUUUAGUUUCAAGUUCAGGGAUCCUUUUCUCUUAUUGUAAAAUUAUUUCUUCUGUUAUGAGAGUCCCAUCAUCAGGUGGGAGGUAUAAAGCCUUCUCCACCUGUGCAUCUCACCUGUCGGUUGUUUGUUUGUUUUAUGGAACAAGCAUUGGAGUGUAUGUUGGUUCAGCUGUAUCAAAUUCUCCUGAAAACUGUGCAGUGGCCUCACUGAUGUACACUGUAGUCACCCCUAUGCUGAAUCCCUUUAUUUAUAGCUUGAGGAACAGGGACAUUAAAAAUGUCCUAUUGAGACUGCAGAGCAGAAAAAUCUAAUUGAAUGACCCUUUCUAUAAUUUCUGUAGUUUGGGUUGU